UUUAGUAAGGUGAUUUCACAUUGGAUCAAAAGUCAUUCAGCUUAACUUUAUUGUUUAUUUUUGUUUUGUUUUCUCAUUGUUUAGAGAAGCAGGGUUGCUUUGCUCAGCCUUUUAGAACUGGGGCCUGUUCCUUGGUUGAACAAUUUCCACUGAAAUCCACAAAUGUACACAUUAUUUGUUGAAUGGGGACUUUUUUUGUUUCUUUCUCAGCAGAAAACACAAGGUCUGUAAGCUCAGCCCCACUUGCAGGCCUGAAACUCCUCCCUAGAUCACGUGAGACGAGGGAAAGGUUCAGGUUAUACAAUGUGCCAUCGUAUCAGGAAAGUGCUUAUUUUAUUGAUUCAGGACGAGUGGAGCGACUUUUUAAUGGACGUUGGUGCUUCCUGCCGAUAGACUGGUUCAGCGCUCAGCUGCACUAUGGCUGACUGGGACUAUGACUAUCUGAUCAAGCUGCUGGCUCUGGGGGACUCGGGGGUUGGGAAGACCACCUUCCUCUACAGGUACACCGACAACAAGUUCAACCGCAAGUUCACCACCACAGUGGGCAUCGACUUCAGGGAAAAGAGAGUGGUGUACUCGGGGACGGGUGCUGAUGGGGCGACUGAGAAGAACUUCAGAGUCCACCUUCAGCUCUGGGACACAGCAGGACAAGAGAGGUUCCGCAGCCUGACUACAGCUUUCUUCCGAGACGCCAUGGGCUUCCUGUUGAUGUUCGACUUGACCAAUCAGCAAAGCUUCCUCAACGUCAGGAACUGGAUGAGUCAGCUGCAGGCCAAUGCGUACUGUGACAGUCCGGAUGUGGUGCUGGUGGGCACAAAGGCCGACCUCAAAGACAUGAGGGAUGUUCACGCCCGGCAGGCCAGAGAUCUGGCCGACAGAUACGGCAUCCCCUACUUUGAGACGAGUGCGGUGACAGGUGUGGAAGUGCACCAGGCGGUGACCACCCUGCUGGAACUGGUGAUGAGGAGGAUGGAGCAGAGUACAUACGGGGGCCACGGCUCCGAGCCCAACGGCAGCCCCCUCUCCAGCCACGAAGUGGAGAAGGCCGCUGCCACGAGGAGGUGCAUCUGCUGAUGGAACCACCAGCAGCCACUCUUUUAACUUUUGCCCCACGUAACAUUGCAGUUUCAGAUGCUUCUGUUUCCUGGAGGUUGACGAGGGUGCCUGCUAGGUGAGACAAAGUCCACUAAAACAUGAUCCAUUCGUGAGAUGUAAAGAGCUUUGGAAAUCUGGCCACUUCUACAGUACUAGAUACAGCAUGGAUGCUCCUUGUAAUGUUAGAUAUUCACAGUCUGUGCAUUGUUAUGUGAGAAACAGGAGCAGGGGUACAAGUCUUUGUUGAACGUGUUUAGUAACUGAAUGUGCAGCUGUGUGGAAAUGAAAAUUGUUGGCUCAUUUGACAUAUCUGAACAAGCAAACCUUUGAUUAUCUUUGAAAAAGUGUCUAUUAAAGGUAACAAAUGACAAAAAGAAUGAACAUUUUGUAGUUCUGUACAAUUUAAAUGAAGGAAAAAAAACAGAUCAGCCUCAUGAAAACAUUUAAUACACUUUCAGAUCCAUUAAAUUACUAUGAAGGUUUCUAGAUUAGAUGUCUUAGAUGUUCUCUUUGCUGUUAAAUGUGGUGGUGUCAUCAUGCAAAGUUCUAUAAAGCUCUCUAAAGCCUGCAGAAGAAAGGUUGUGGAUGUCUGUGAUCCCCAAAUAGUUUGAAACAAAUCAUUCUGUUGUAAGAAUAAUCACAAGUGUCGUGGCUUUAAAAAGACAACAGAAUUGUUCAAGCAAAUUCAACCUAAGACCAGACUGAUGCAAAAAGAUGCUUCCAAGACCCCUGAAAUUUCAUCACAGGAUCUGCAGAUAAAUGUUACAACCAUUGGUGUCAACGUGCUGCAUCUACAAUCAGAAAAUGAUUGCACAAAUUUGACCUUUGCCGUUUAAAGAGAAUAUUAGAACCAGACUACAUUUUGCCAGUGAUCAUACAGGCAAAUCCCAGGACUUUUGGAAUGAUCUGCCCUGGAAAGAUGAAUCAAAUACAGAGCUGUUUAGGGAUUGCUUCGCUGCCUUGGGUAUUGGGCAUCAUCGAUUCAACUCUGACUUAUAUAUCAUAUCAAAGAGUGAUUGAAAAUAAUGUAAAGCCGUCUGUCUGAAAGUUGCACUUAAACCUGUGGUUGUCCUUUCCUUUUCACCAGGAUAAUGAUCCUAAGCAAACUAUCAAAUCCCCCAAGGAAUGGCCCAAAUAGAAGAAAUUGAGGGUAAUAGCUUGACCUAGUUACAGCCAAGAUUUGAAUCCCAAUGAAAUGUUGGAGGGGAGUUGAAACAAACAAGAAAACCCUCAAACAUCUUGCCUCUGAAGGAGUUUUUCCUCAAAUACUGUUCUGUAAUUUUAGCAAGCUGAUGUCAGAGACUUGUGAACAAUUAUGCAAAACACCCACAAGCGGUUAUUUCUGCUAAAGGGGUCAACACUUGUUUCUGAAGCUGCAAAAAUAUUAAAUCUAUUGAUGUUUUUGCUCAAAAAAUGAUGGAAAAACUCAAUUUCUUGUGGUGUUGGCCAGGUAUAUCACCUUUACCUGUGUUUCAAAGAAGAUCAAAUGUUUGCUUGUCCAGAUAUGUCAAAGAACUCAACAGCGUCCAUGGGAUGCAACUUGGAAAAAGUGGGUUAUAAUUCAUAAAAAAGUCAAUUAUCAUCAUCAAAUAGGUCACAUCAGAGCAAAAUACUGUUUUUAUUUGACACAUUGAGGCAUUGAUGGAAGGAAUAUGCAGGCACAUAAUGUAUAUUUAUCAUGGAAUAUAAUCAAAAAACAUUUAAGACAUGGUUUCUUACACGGAUGAUCGCUUUUGUGAGAACAACCAAGAUAGCACAGUCCCUUACAUGAUUUAUGACUUUUAUAUGACAUGUACAUAAGCAGCCAAGCUUUUUUAUGCAUUAUGGAACAAAGUCACCAUGCAGAUCCAAACACAGGUACAAGAAUGUUAAAGGGUUGUUGGAACGAAUCCUGUAUAGUGCUGAAUUUGGAAUACAGACAUUUUAUGUUUAUGCA